AUGACAACGAGACUGAGCUCUCGAUUCAGCCUUCGGUCGUCUUCAAAGAGCACCAAACGGUCUCAUAAAGGGGUUCGUUUCUGGUUUAGCUCAAAGACCGACAACAGUGGGGACGAUCUGGUUGCCGCGGCUGCAGCACAGGCAGUGGACGAGCAGCUCCAGAAGACCAAACAGAGAUCCGAGUCGGGCUGUUCGUACGUCCCGCGGGUUGAAUACGGCUCGUCACACUGCGGCGUGGAGCGAGAUGCGCCUUGGACCAGCAACGAACAGGUAGAACAGCACUAUUCAGCGCUCGGGUGGACUGUCGUUCCUAUUGGUAAGGACGGCAACUGCCUGUUCCGAGCUAUAAGCGACCAGCUCUACAACAACGAGCUGUUCCACCAGGAUAUUCGACGACGGCUUGUGGAUUUCAUCGAGAGAGAAGAAAAGCAUUUCCAACCUUUCGUAGACGGCGAACAAGUGGACGACUACUGUGCCCGUAUGCACGAGGACGGCGAGUGGGGCGGCCAUUUGGAGCUGUACGCAGCGGCCAGACUCUUCAACAUUCACAUUGUAGUACACACAGGCCCCGUUCGCAGACUCCGAGUAACGAACGAAGAUGUAGACAAGCACAACCUGGCGCCGCCACCGUAUCGGAUACUGCACCUGCUCUAUAAGGACGACCAUUACAGUAGUUUGCACUCCAACGACGACGUAAAGACCAUCGCAGCAGAAGAAUACACAGUCAUCCCUACUGACAAAAGGGUACGGUCUCCAGCGAAAACGUUCGAUAGUCCGGACAAGAAAGUUGCGAAGGUUCAGGAGACGAAAGUUGUACAUAUCCAAGACGUGGCGAAGAAGGCGAAAACAAGUUACGAUCCGUCCAGAAAGAAUGUCAAGUUUCAAGAAGUUGUGGAGGCCAAGCCUUCACCGCGUGAGAGCAAGGCGUUCCUCUACGAGGAAGAAAAUCUCCCAGAGUGUGGGGUAUUACUCCCGAAGCAAGUCCUAUUCAAGCGUGGCAAGCGUCGUGUCAGUGGCGCCACGCUCUUCUCACUUGUUCACAUACCGUCGACCGGCAAUUUAAAGCCCGUUGUCGAGACGACCUCCGUGUCGACGUCGUCUGAUGCGUCCACCGCAACCUCAUCCAGCGAGGAGCAAGAGGAUCCAUCAGAAAUGGUAACGGAACGACCAAAACCGAAGGCACCGACACUACGGGCAGUUGCGAUUGCGUACCCGAGGAGGACUACCUUCCACAAAGGUCGAGCCACGACUGCUUGCUAG